CCUUACGAGCCAAUUGUACAUGGAGCUUUUGGGAUCGACCAACCUGAACCUUUAGAUAUGUUUAUAAUACGAAAUAUAAAAGAUUUAAUACAAAUUAUAGAAGACUUUUUUAACGUAGUUAUCAGCAGAAGUAAUGGAUUUGGACAUCCAGAUUAUGAUGG